AGUCCGCCCCCUCCUCCGUUAAAACGUCACCGGAGCUCAGCUCACAACAUGCGGACGUCUCGGCUCCAGCUGGCCGCGGUGCUGGCGCUGUUGGCCGCCGCCGGCUGCUCGCUGGCGGAGGUGAUCGAUGACGUGCUGGGCAGCCUCUCCAAGGGCGCGUCGUUCCUGGAGCGCCAGCACGAACACAUCAACCUGGACGGCGUGGUGGGCUUCCUCCUGCUGCAGGCUCAACUGAAGGAGGCGGUUAGGAUGUGGCCUCACUCGGACCCGGUCAGCUGGGCUCAGAGGGCGGCCUCCGUGGAUCUGGUCAAACGUCUGGACCGAAGCUUCGACAACGCCAUCGCCGCCCUGCAGCAGAACGACCCCAAAUAUUACCGAGAGUUCGAGCCUCUCCUCACCUGGACGUUCUGGCAAGUUCCUCAGGAGUGGAGCCCCACAGACCCCAGCCUGGUGUACCCCUCGGCCAACACCAGCGAGUGUUACGACGAGCAGCUCAGCGACAAGUGUCUGACGCUGCUGCUGGGCACCUGGAAAACCAAGGGGACCCCCUGCAUCGUCACCAAACCCUGUCGGGACACCAUGACUCGCUUCGGCUGCCCUUACUACUCGCUGUCCCACCAGCUUCUCUACUUCAUGAUCGGGAAGAUGAAAGGCUGCUCCAACCUGCUGAAAGGCGACACGCGAGCAUCCCGGACCAACAUGACGGAACUCAGCUACCGGAAGAUCUUCUGCUCCAACAUGAUGAAGACCAACCAGGACAUCAUCUCGGACGGAUUGACCCAGCAGACGGUCGACAUCUUCAUCGAGAACAUCCUCAUCUGUGGCUUGGCCGGCUUCUCCGACUUCUACAAAGCCGACUGGCUGCAGCACAUCUUGCGGCUGCAGGACGGCGAGCUGGGCUGCUUUGGACGCGACAGGAGCGUCAUCUCUCAGAUAAUCGGAGACGAGCUGCUGGAGCAGCUGCAGCCUCACCACCGAGUGAAGAGGAGGGAGAAGAUACUUCCUGACGGCUGCUCCAGUCACAUGACCGCUGUGGCGGUGGGUGCCCUGGGAGGAUAUUUAAACUACUACCUGGCAGAGCAGGACAUAACCAAGAGGCCCCUGUCUUGAACCUUUCUGGCCCCUCACAGCCAUGCUGGGCAUGAGGUGGUCUCUCUGGCCUGAAAUGGAAACUUUCUUCCUGGCAGACCGAGAACUGAAUCCUACAUCUUCACAGACAACAGUUCCCAUGUAGUUCUUCAUGGAGUCCUCUGCAACGUGGAGUAGAAAAACAAAUAAGCUGCCUGUUUUUAUAUGUGAAGCACUUAAGUGUUUUAGGAGUUUGGCAGACUUUGUGUCAAGUAUGAACCAUGAAUGUAUGUAGAAACACCACAUCCCAAAUAAAUAAAUGAACGUG